CUAUUGGUUCCAGGAGUUGGUAACUAGCUGGUCUCUUGUGUUAACAGCGUGUGCUGGAGGAUAAAUCAGCCAGUAUAUAAAGCAACAGCCAGAGUCAGAUCAUUCAACAAGUUUCUUCUAAGAGAACUUGAACUCGAGACAGAAUGAAAGUAAGUGCUGCGUUAGUAUUCGUUGUCUUUGUGUCGUCGGUGGUAGCCAAGCCACAAAUUUCUUUCGGGGAAGAGGAAGAACCAGUUCCUGUAGAUUUACCCAACGCUCCUGUAGAUGCGUUGGGUACUGACAACGAGUUGGUCCACACUCGUCUAGGUCUUCUCGCCGGCUAUCUCAAUCUAGAAGCUAUCCCCGGUUCAGCUCCUAUUGGCGAACAGAAGAAAGAUCCAGCUCUAAAACCAAAUCCUUACAUUCCCGAAGAAGAUGUUUCUGGAAAACAGUCUGGUCAGUGCUUGUGCGUUCCUGUAGGGAAAUGCGCCAAUCCUGCACCGGGAAAUAUUCCUCUUCCACCACCUGGCUCCGGACCACUCCCUCCUCCACCCAUACCUGGACAUUCGCAGCAACUUCCUAACAAUAUCCCACCUGUCAAUACGGACGGUGCCGGCCUCAUUGACGUGCGCAUCGUCAAUAAGCCAGCAGGAGUUCGUUGCCAGAAUUCCUUCCAAUAUUGCUGCGUCGCAAAUAAUCCAUUCCCUGUUGCCCCACCUGCUGCCCCAGUGCAAGGAAGUUGCGGACGAUCAAAUAUUAUCCCUACUCCUGGAUACAAUUUAGACACUACUCAGGCUAAAUUUGGCGAAUUUCCAUGGAUGGUUGUUAUUUUAGGUCCAAACAACAACUAUGUCGGUGGUGGUGUGUUGGUCAGCCCUCGACACGUUGUUACAGCCGCCCACAAAGUCGCUAACUUUGGUGCUGGAACUGGCCUGAAGGUUAGGCUAGGAGAAUGGGACGCUAAAGCUAAUGUCGAGCCUCUGAAAUACGUCGAAUUGGGCGUAACCCGCGUCAAAGUGAAUCCAUUUUUCAACCGUGCCAACCUGCAGAACGACAUCGCUGUUUUGACUUUAGAGCAGCCAGUCAAUUUGGCCUCAACACCUCACAUCAACCCAGUUUGCCCAUCAAAUUUCCAAGCCAACUAUGUUGGCCGAAGAUGUUGGGUGACUGGAUGGGGCAAAGACGCAUUUGGACCACCAGGAAAUUUCCAAUAUAUCUUGAAGAAAGUUGAUGUCCCAGUUUUGGAUGCCAACGAUUGCGAACAGCGUCUCAGAAGAACUCGCCUUGGUCCUCAUUUCCAGCUAAGCCGAUCAAGUUUCGUGUGUGCUGGUGGUGAACAAGGAAAAGACGCUUGCACUGGCGAUGGCGGCUCACCUUUGGUCUGCGAGGUGAACGGAAGAGCUGAGCUCGUUGGACUCGUCGCUUGGGGAAUUGGAUGUGCCGAACAAAGUCUACCCGGUGUCUACGUAAACGUCCGAAGUUUUGCUGAUUGGUUGAAUUCCGAGCUCGUGUAAUCAUCCUGAUGAUAUUGCCGCUGUCCACCUACAUUUCGCUUGCCUUUGCUGUUUCACGUGCCUAUUAUAUUUCUGCGAAUUUUCGAAACGUACACACCUUCCUAUGAAAAUGGGGCAAUAAAUUAUUUCCCCACCAUA